CGCCCCAAUCUUAUCCCCGAACCCUGGAGCUCCCGUCUACCCCACAAGAACGCCAAAUGCCGCCGAUCCGUAGCAGUCAUGACAGUCCAAACCUACUAUUCCUUGCGAAUUGUGGCUACAAAGCAACAGCUGCAUAUGAAUGUUCCAACGGUGCAUCCGACCCCUCCGCGCCCCGCAUAGCUUUCGACCCCUCCUCCACAACAUAAACAGACCUCCCCCCAGGUUCUUCUCACAGCGUCAAUAUACAACGAUGGCUUCCACCAAGACACAUCCAGCCUAUGAACUUCUGUACUGGCCCAGCAUCCCAGGACGCGGUGAAUUUAUCAGACUCGCCUUCGAAGCUGUAGGCGUGCCUUACAAAGACACUGCCAACGAAUCCGAAGAUGGUGUCAAAGUCAUCCUCCCCCUCAUAUCCCCCGAGUCUACCGGCAGCGAUGGCAACCCACCCGUCUUCGCACCCCCUGCCUUGCGCAUCCCUGAGGCAGGAAAGAACGGCACAGACCUCCUCCUCUACCAAACGCCCGCCAUUUUGUCCUACCUAGGCGAUAAGCUCGGUCUCGCAGGCUCCGAUGAUGCAGAGAGGUCCUGGGUCCUUUCGCACACCCUCACAGCGCUGGAUCUGAACAAUGAAGCACACGACACGCACCACCCCAUCGCCUCUGCGUUAUACUAUGAAGACCAGAAAACCGAGGCGUUAAGAAAGUCAAAAGAUUUCCGCGAAGCCCGUAUACCCAAGUUUCUUGGCUUCUUCGAGCGCGUGCUCAAGUCGAAUGAUGGGGAGGGCAAAGGAAAGUUCUUGGUGGGAGGGCAGCUGAGCUAUGCGGAUUUGACUGUGUGGCAUGUGGUGAGUGGGUUGCUGUAUGCGUUUCCUAAGGAGAUGGAAGCGCGGAAGAGUGAGUUUCCAGUGCUGUUGGGAACGUUUUUCGAAAGUGUAAAGGAGCAAGAGGGGAUCAAGGGGUAUCUCGCAAGUGAGCGACGGAAGCCAUUCAGCAUGGGUGUGUUUAGACUGUAUCCUGAGCUCGAUCGGCAGUAGUAACCAUAAACAUGAAAUGAAGGCCAUAUUCAAAUGCACGCACA